CAAAAAUGUAUACAGAAGAGAUAUAAAUAGAUAAUUUACAAUGAACCUGCAAUCACUUUUUCAAGAUUUUAAUCCAAGUAAGUUUGUUGUACAUACUUGCCUUCUAGUAUUUACCAUUCUCUUCGCCUUAAAACUAGAUAAUCACGUCUCCUGGUCCUUUUGGACGGUUUUUACUCCAAUUUGGGUAUGGAAGGUCUUAGUAAUAAUGGGAGCAACAGUAGGGAGCUAUGUCUGGUGGAGGUAUCCACAUUUCAGGUUAGAAGGUGAAGCCUAUGUGCACUAUAAAUCAAUGUUAAUAUCUUUAGCAUUACAUUUAAUAUUGUUAAUGUUUGAACUUUUGGUUUGUGACAAACUCGAAUCAGCAAGACACUUGUGGAUUUUAGUAUUUAUUCCUUUAAUUUUUAUAUCAAUUGUUAGUAUAGCUGUUUGUAUUUGGGCUGUAAAACACGACAGAUCGUUCGAGCUUGAGUUAUUCUGUGCUGUUAACGUGUUACAGUUCAUAUUUCUUGCCUUAAGAUUAGAUGGAUUUAUAUCAUGGUCCUGGGAGGUGGUAUUUGUGCCUCUUUGGAUUGUUAUGUGUCUUUCAUUGGUUGGUGUUUUAUAUACAAUCAUUUUUGCUGCCAUUUUGUUAAGAACUCCAGAAGUUAACGCUCAACAAAGAAGAAGUAGUUUUAUUUCUGCUGUUGGUUAUACAUUUCUAGUUAUUCCUAUACUUGUAUUUCAAGUAUUGUUAGCCGAUAAACUAGACGACGAUAUUCGGUUAUCGUAUGUUGUGGUUGCCAGCCCCCUUUUUGUAUCUUUUAUCACUCUUAUUUUAAUGUCAUUUAGUGCCAAAGGAGGAAAUAAAUGGUGGUUCGGUAUAAGAAAAGACUUUUGCUCGUUUGUACUAGGUGCUUGUCCGCUAUUACAAGAAUACGCCAACAUAGCUUACCACAGCGAGAGACGCACCAACGGCGUAGAAUUGGAGCCUCAAGUGGACAUACGAGAAAAAAUUGUCAAGAGAGCCGAUCUACUGAAGCCAGUUGUACCUAUAAUUUCUAUAGAGAUUCCAGACUGAAUUUACAUACUUUUAGAAUAGGAUUUGUCUUACUUUGUCUAAGCCCUUUAUGAAAUCUCUUCUGAUUACUCAGAACAAAAAGUAAGGAACAUUUAAAACAUACAGUUAAUUAUAUUCAGCAAAGAAUUUUGAUAUAAGUUUUAUAUAAUAUAUAAUUUGAUAGACUUUAAUAUUUAUUCUUAUUUAAUCAAGUCGAAA